AUGAUAGAAUCUGAGGAGGAAUCAAGCAAGACAAAGAAGAAAGGUGAAUUUACAAGAGUGGUGAGGAAGCUGCAGCUCGGUGGAGCCCAACAAAGAAAGAAGGAGAAAUCUGAUCCUGCCCCUGCCAGAAGACCUCAGAAGGAAAGAAAGGGGCGGGCGCAGGGGGCGGCGGUGCGGGGGCGGCACAGUGGCGGCGGCGGUGGCACAUGGGCAAGGCGCGGGCGGCGGAGUGCGGGUGGCGCGGCGGCUGCGGGCGUCACCUGCGGCGUGGCGGGAGCUGCCUGGCCGCGACCGGUGGUGACCGCCGGCGGCGGCGGCCGGGCAGUGGCCGCUGGGCGGCGCUGCGUUUUAAACUGGCUGCGCCCGCUGUUAAACACAAACAGCGGGCGGGCGCAGGGGGCGGCGGUGCGGGGGCGGCACAGUGGCGGCGGCGGUGGCACAUGGGCAAGGCGCGGGCGGCGGAGUGCGGGUGGCGCGGCGGCUGCGGGCGUCACCUGCGGCGUGGCGGGAGCUGCCUGGCCGCGACCGGUGGUGACCGCCGGCGGCGGCGGCCGGGCAGUGGCCGCUGGGCGGCGCUGCGUUUUAAACUGGCUGCGCCCGCUGUUAAACACAAACAGCAAGGCAAUUCAAUUGAAGCCUUUCUUUAUGAGUUCUGAUGAUGACACUUCUAGACCUGUUGGUAAAAGGUCAGAGAUUAGAACAAAGAAUAAAAAAGACUGUCUAACUCCCCAAAAAGAUCCAAACUUGAAAUUCACAGUUGAGGCUAAAAAGAAAAAGUCCAAGGAGAACUAUUCAUUCAUUUCAAGUGUUCACGAGGUAACAGAGUUUGAAGUACAUGGUGAGAAUUUGGAUGAUGAACCUCCUAAUAUAAAGCCUAUUGAUGUAGAUCAACUUGAAUGUGAGCAAGACGAUAAUGAAGAACAUUAUGAUGAAGAGGGAUUAUCACAAUCUUCCAAGACUUCUCAGUUAGAUAAUUCCCACAAGUCCCUUCCAUAG